ACUCACUAAAGACAACACAACUUCUCCCUGACGCACUUCAUCUAUCAGACAUUUGAGUUUUUGUUGUUGUGAUGACCUCACCUGCAUUUUACUUCUUGCACUCCUGAAAUAUCUUUUUUUCCCCACUUCAUAUGGAUGUACAAGAACUUUAUUCGUUUUUUUCCCAAGCAUACAACCACUGAGCAGACUUUGUAGAGAAGUUUUUGUUUUUGUUUUUGGAGGAACAAGUGUGUGUGUCAGAAUGGCUCUGGACUCUGAGUUUGGUGUGAAGGGCAGCAGCAUCAUCAGGGAGUGGAGUGGACAGGUCCAGCCGGCUCUGGUGGCCACCUUCGUUUUCCUCUUCUGUCUGGAAGCCUGUCUGUGGGUCAGGAACCUCCGGCUCAAGAGACGGCUGCCGGGACCCUUCGCCUGGCCCGUGGUGGGCAACGCCAUGCAGCUGGGCCAGAUGCCGCACAUCACCUUCGCCAGGCUGGCCAAAAAGUACGGCAACGUGUACCAGAUACGACUCGGCUGCAGUGACGUUGUGGUUCUCAACGGAGACAGGGCGAUCCGUCAGGCUCUGGUAGAGCACAGCACAGAGUUCGCAGGCAGACCCAACUUUGUCUCUUUCCAGAUGGUCUCUGGAGGCAAGAGUGUAACAUUCACUACUUACAGCAAACAGUGGAAAGCACACCGGAAGAUUUCCCAGUCGAGCCUCAGAGCCUUUACCUCUGCAAAUAGUCAGACCAAGAAAGCCUUUGAACAGCAUAUUACGUUCGAGGCCAUGGAGCUGGUGCAGGUAUUUUUGCGGCGCAGCACUGACGCACAGUAUUUUGACCCUGCUCAUGAAUUUACAGUAUCUGCUGCCAAUGUCAUGUGCGCGCUCUGCUUUGGGAAGCGAUACGGACAUGAUGAACUAGAGUUCAGGAACCUGGUGAAAAGCCUUAACAAGUUUGGAGAGACAGUGGGGGCAGGAAGCCUGGUAGAUGUCAUGCCCUGGCUCCAGUCCUUCCCUAACCCGGUGCGCAGCGUCUACGAAAACUUCAAAAACCUCAACGAGGAGUUUUUCGCCUUUGUGAAAGAUAAAGUGACGCAGCACCGAGAGUCCUUCAGCCCUGAUGUGACCCGGGACAUGAGCGACGCCAUCAUCAACGUGAUCGAGCAUGGAAAAGACAGUGGACUGUCUAAAGAGUACGUCGAAACGACAGUAACAGAUAUCAUCGGAGCAGGUCAAGACACAAUUUCAACUGUCAUGCAGUGGAUCGCGCUGCUCCUCGUCAAAUACCCAGAUAUGCAAACCAAGCUCCACGAGCUCCUAGACAAAGCGGUGGGCCCGGACAGACUGCCGUCCAUCGAGGACAGGAGCAGCCUGGCAUACCUGGACGCCUUCAUCUAUGAGACCAUGCGCUUCACCAGCCUCGUCCCCCUCACCAUCCCACACUCCACCACCGCAGACGUCACGAUUGAAGGUCUCCACAUCCCGAAAGACACGGUUGUGUUCAUCAAUCAGUGGUCCGUCAACCACGACCCCCUGAAGUGGAAGGACCCGCACAUCUUUGACCCCAUGCGUUUCCUCGACUCAAACGGGACCCUCGAUAGAGACAUCACAAACGGUGUCAUGAUCUUUUCGACGGGUAAAAGACGCUGCAUCGGCACCCAGAUCGCCAAGGUGGAGGUGUUUUUAUUAACAGCAGUGCUGCUGCACCAGUGCAGCCUGGAGAGCGACCCCUCUCAGCCCCUCUCUCUGGACUGCUCCUACGGGCUCACGCUGAAGCCCCUCCGGUUCUGCGUCAGCGCCAAGCUCAGGGGGAAGCUGCUCGGCUUGGUUUCCCCAGCGUGAACAGCGUGUCCCUGUAUUGUGACUCAAGGCCAGCAAACACUUUUACACCAAUGACUUUUUACAGUAACAGUGAGUAUCAGUAUACCUGCACGAAAUCCUGUUGUAAGAUUCACAUAUUUAAUAAUAUUUAAUGGGUAUUUUAACACAGUGUGCUUUUGUUUUGUUGUUGGUGCCGGACUGAGGGUAGGAUUUCAAAGAUGUGUCACUAGCUGCAGGGUGAAAGCUUGUGGACAGUUGGAAUCAGUGCAAAUAUUACACCUCUGCUCCACAAAAAUAUUGUAUACUUGAUGAGAUCUUGUGCAUAAUUGUUUCAUUCUGAGUUGUGUACUUGUUUUACAUCCACUAUUGUAUAUGUAAAUGCACGGUGUGUGCUGAAAUUAGCUAUCUGUCCUAUAAAUGUCAGUGUAAACUAAUAUAACUAAAGGAAAAUACUUGUGAAUGUUACCAAGUCACCUGAUGACUUAUUGUUCUCUAUUGUAUUAUGUAAGACGAUAUUUAACCUAUG